AUUUUCUUGCGAAAAAUUGACAUUUGCCAUCUACAACAUUGAGAAAGUGCUCGUAUCUACUCGACGGAGUCCACAACAACGCUGUUUCAUGAUCCGCGGGCGAGUUCUCAUGGCUCGUGUCACCAGAUCGACCGCCGCAAAGGCGAAAGCUGGCCUUGACACCCCCAUCAAAACGGAGCAACCAACACAGCCGACAGGAAGGAAGCGAGUUGCCAGCAAGACAGCCACGGAUCAACCGAAUGGCAGUAGGAAGAAAGCCAAGGUGGAAGCAGUAAAGACAGAGUCGGCUGCGGCCAAGCUGGAACGCCUCGACGAUGACCACGACGUGCUCUCCAAAAUCCCAACUGCGCCGAUCGCUUCCACCUCACCCAGCACAAGCUCAACCCUCGCAUCACGCAAGCUCAAGCAGUACUACGGCGGCGACGCCAGCAAGCUCGGCCCAUUCCCCAACUUCCCCCACCCCACGCCAGCGGAAUGCAAGCGCGCCCACCGCAUCCUCGCCAAGCUGCACGGCGCCCGCAAGCGGCCCACCGUGCCGCUGACGGCCGGUCCCGCGGGGCGGGCGGGGUGCGGCGACGCGCCGUCGGUGCUGGACGCGCUGGUGCGGACGAUCCUGAGCCAGAACACGUCCGACUCCAACUCGGCGCGGGCGAAACGGUCGAUGGACCGGGCGUACGGCGGGCGGCACGACAACUGGCCGGCGGUGGUGGCGGGCGGGGUGGGCAAGCUCGAGGAGGCGAUCCGGUGCGGCGGGCUCAGCGUGGUCAAGAGCCGCGUCAUCAUGUCGAUCCUCGAGACGUGCGCGCAGCGGUACGGCUCCUACUCGCUCGACCACCUGCGCGAGGCCAGCGACGAGGAGGCCAUGCGGGAGAUGCUGGCGUUCAAGGGCGUCGGGCCCAAGACGGCCAGCUGCGUGCUGCUUUUCUGCCUCGGCAGGGAGAGCUUUGCCGUCGACACGCACGUCCACCGUCUGACGGGCAUGCUGGGCUGGAGACCGGCCGGGACGAGUCGGGAAGAGGCCCAUUUGCACCUCGACGCGAGGAUUCCGGACGAGGACAAGUACGGGCUGCACGUGCUACUGAUCACCCAUGGGAAAAGGUGUGCCGAGUGCAAGGCGGGUGGGAAGAGUUCUGGAAAGUGUGAGCUGAGAAGAGCUUUGAGGGAGAAGGACGAGGGGUUCAAGGAAGAGGACACCGACAGCGAAGAGAAGCCUGCAAAAGUAGAGGAGGAUUCAUGAGGUGAGUGAGAAGAUGGGGAUUCCAUUUGCUGGUAUUUAUUAUUUGUAAAUUUCAUCAUGUAGAAACAAUGUCUCUAAUAGAUUUCCGAUACGGUUGGAGCGACAGAAGCAUC